GUGUGUGGACCUAUAAGGCGUCUAUGCGCAUGCGUGAAAGCCUCUUUUACCGUGGGCAUAAUGGCGGGUGAAACAGAAAAGAAGGAGGCGAAGGAGACCAAGGAGACAAAGGCGGCAAUGAAGAAGAAAGAGCCGAAGAAGACGGGGAUAAAGGUGAAGAAACUGGCGAAAGGGAAGAAAACUCCAUCAGUCCCUGAAGGUCUCCUGAAGAAGAGGAAGCUCUUCGCUGCCGCUAAGGUGGCUCGUGUCAAGGCUCAGCUGCUCGAGAAGAAGAAACGCAGAAUCACCCGGAACCUGAUCUACUCCAGAGCGCAGGUGUACCAUAAAGAGUACCGGCAAAUGUACAGGCGCGAGAUCCGCAUGAACCGCAUGGCUCGUAAAGCCGGAAACUUCUACGUCCCCGCCGAGCCCAAACUGGCCUUCGUGGUCAGGAUCAGAGGUAUCAACGGUGUGAGCCCUAAAGUGCGUAAGGUUCUGCAGCUGCUGCGUCUGCGCCAGAUCUUCAACGGUGUCUUCGUCAAGCUGAACAAGGCCUCCAUCAACAUGCUGCGUAUCGCCGAGCCCUACAUCGCCUGGGGUUACCCCAACCUGAAGUCUGUCCGUGAGCUCAUCUACAAACGCGGAUACGGCAAGAUCAGAAAGCAGCGCAUUCCUCUGACCGACAACUCGCUCAUCGAGAAGAACCUCGGCUCAUAUGGAAUCAUCUGCAUGGAAGAUCUGAUCCACACCAUCUACACCGUAGGCAGGAACUUCAAAGCUGCCAACAACUUCCUUUGGCCUUUCAAGCUCUCGUCUCCUCGUGGUGGCAUGAACAAGAAGACCACACACUUCGUAGAGGGAGGAGACGCCGGGAACCGAGAGGACCAGAUCAACAGACUCAUCAGGAGGAUGAACUAAAGGUGUUCUUGGACAUCUUUUGGUUUCUGAAAAAUAAAUGUUUAAUACAAA